AUGUCACAUCCACUGUCAACUUACCUAGCAACGGAAGUAGUAUAUCCAGGCUACACACUGCCAUUAUCAGCAGCACCAUCAUCACCUAGAUCGAUCAAUAAUAACAAAACGUAUCUCAAAUACAAAGCCAGAUUCACCAAGUUUAGAAAAAGUGCUAUCAUCAAACUUCGUAUCAUUAAUAAAGCCAACUCAAAAACAAAGUCAUUUAGUUCCAGCUCCACUACCAGGGGCAAAUCCAGUAGCAAUGGUACGAUUUUUGUUGGUAAUAUUUCCAAGAAUGAAGAUGAGUCAUUUUGCUCGGAUAAGAUUCCCGAUUACACCAUCACCACUUCUGAGUGUUCACCACGCUUGUCGUUGGAUGAACUACAAGAUUCACUAGUGGAGAACAAAUCCAAUGAUAGUGAUGAAGAGGAGGAAGAGGUAAAGAGUAGUUGUCAUUCACUGAUUGUGGAAGAAAAAUGUCAACAAGUUGUUGUUGAUAAUAAUGACUCAACCGCAGCAGAGUGUCAACUUCCUUCUUCACCACCUCCUCAAUAUAAAGCAGUAACAUCACCUCCAACUGACCAACUUGACACUGUAUCACUGCCUACAUCGGCAUCUACACUUGCAUCUUCACCAGCAUCUACACAUGGCCAACCUCACCCUCAUACUCCCGUAAAGCCAACUCAAAUCAAAUUCAAAUCGCAACUAAACCAAUACUUAGCCUCGUUCGAAGAGCAGAAACAAUCACAACCACAACCUCAACAACUCGAGCAACAAAAAGAACAAGUGCAAACAACCUCACCAUCAUCACUUUAUACCGAGCCAUACACAAGUUUAAAACAGUACAAUAAAACCACUAAUCAGCAGUAUAGUCAAUACCAACUCAUCAACCCCCAAAAACACAAAUGCAUCAAUUAUUAUUGGCUUUAUUUGGACCUAAGACAAAAUCACCAGUUGGUCACAUCAUUGCACGUUGGGUGGUACAGUUGGACUAGUGGGUUGAUUACAUUUAUGAUUAUUUAUGCAUUAUUCGUUUGCUUGUGUUAG